GCUUAACCUUUGUCGAUGGUUCCUUCUCAGGCAUGCGAGAGGCUGAGCGAAAGGGUGCGCAGUGCUGUCAUCGGAGCUGCCUCAGUAUAUUAUCAGCUCCCAAAGAGCCAAGGGAAGACCCUGAACAACGCUGUCCGCUGCGCCACAAUCCAGGUGGUGGAGGGGAUGAUUCGGGUCGUAGAGGUUAUCCUUCGGACUCCCCAGGAAAGUCUGUCUCAGGAGCAGCUUAUCUCAACCGGAGGCGUUUGGGAGGCCUGUGACCGAGUUUCCUGCCUGCCACAUGACAACCAGCUGGCGGUCACGUUGGCCAUUUCUUCCUGCCUGGAACUUAUCAGGGACGCGCUGGAGGAGAUGGAGCAGAUGCAGGCUGAGGGAGGAAGUUCUCCCGGUGACCUGCUGGAGGUUGAAGAGCUGGGCUUCCCAGGAAACAGGGACCUUUCUUGGUCGGACGCUGAGUGGCAGCUGCUGGGCCCCUGCAAGGGGCUGGUGAAGGCCACCAAAGCUGGCUUGAGGAAAGUGCUGGGGGCUGUGAGAACUCACGGCAAAGCAGACACAAAUGAGCAAGUGGGUCAGCUGGACGCCCUGGCGGACGCUGUGGCUGAGCUCAGCCCCAGCGUGGAUGAAUUGGUGCUGAGCCUCUGUCCGCCUGUGAACCAGCUCACUCUGCGGCUGAACGCUGGGAAACUGGCUUCGGUGUUAAUGAAGAUGCUGGAAAUCACCAGGACGAGCCACAUCUGCCCUCCCUCUGAAGAGAACUGGGUGCAGUUCCUGGCUGGAGCAGUGGAUCACAACAUGGGCAAGAUCAGGGCCUUCACGCAAGACCUGCUUGGAGACCCAGGCCCAGCAGGGGAGGAUUGGCAUGGGGGUGCAGGAUUGGGAGGCGCCUGGGCCAAGGAGCAGCCGUAGCUCUUUUAUCCCGGCUGCAGGCAGUAAAGGACCGCGGGGCUCAGCGGAGGAAGCUUGUAA